GUGAUGUUUUGUAAUACAUGUAUUGAAUGUAUUGAAUGUAUUAAUCAAUUGAAUGUUCAGUGAACUCAUUGAUUGAUAAAUAUAGCGAUUGUUUGCAUUAAUUGUGAUAUUAAGUAAUGUAUUGCAAGUCAAUGAUGGAUACAAUAGUAAUCAUAAUAUGAUUAAUGACUUAAUUUUGAAGACAAAGUCAUACCAUAAGUGAUAGACAAGUGUUUGAUUGCAAAUCAAGAUGUCAUUAUCAUCUCCGCCAUCGGAUCCGUAUGUGAUAACUGCAGACCAAAAGGCCAAAUAUGAGUCACAGUUUGUGGCCAUUUGUCAGUCUCGGUCGGACUUCAUUAGCGGAGGACAGGCCAGGAAUUURAUGUUAGCCUCGGGUUUGCCACCGCCAGUGUUGGCCCAUAUCUGGUCAUUAGCCGACGUGGACUCCGACGGCAAAAUGGAUAUCAAUGAGUUCUCCAUUGCUCUUCAUUUGAUAUUUUUAAAACUUAAAGGCAUUGAAUUACCGGCUGUUUUGCCACAAAGUCUUAAGGUUUUGGUCGAAACGCCUACUUUUGGUGCAUUUAAUACAGAUUUCGGAGCUUUUGGUGCACCGACUCAACCAGCAAUACCCACAUCUGCCAUCUCUUACGUUCCAACUAUGGUCUCGUCAGUACCGCCUCCACGACCAAUGCCUCCGACAUCAUCUGAACCUAAAAUACAGAGAUCUGGAUCUAUAACAUCAGGAGAUUAUACCAAUUCAAUGCUUUUGACAGAAUGGGCGAUACCUCAGCCGUCAAAAUUGAAAUAUACUCAACAGUUUAAUUCACACGACAGGACUCGGACAGGUUUUUUGACGGGACCUCAGGCCAGGAAUAUUUUAGUUGACUCAAAGUUACCGCAUCCUCUGUUGGCACAGAUAUGGAAUCUAUCAGAUAUUGACGCCGACGGCCGACUCACAUGCGAUGAAUUUGUUGUGGCCAUGCAUUUGAUUGAUUGCGUCAAAUCCGGCGAUUCUUUACCCACUGUAUUACCUCCCGAUUUAGUGCCACCAUCUUAUAGACGCAAGAGAUCUUUAUCCGGUGUAACUGCUGUCUCAAACAUAUCUCAAGGAGUGGCGCCAACCGUUGAUGAUAUACUGGAAGAAUCGAAAUUUGUAACAAGUUUUGAAGACAAAAGACGAGAAAAUUUUGAGAAAGGACAGCAAGAAUUGGAUAGAAGAAGACAAGCACUUAUGGAACAACAAAAGAGGGAACAGGAAGAUAGAGAACGCAAAGAAAGAGAAGAACAACAAAAAAUAGAAAAACAGAGACUUGAAAUGGAAAGAAAACGUUUAGAAGAACUUGAGAGACAACAACUGAGACAACGAGAGAUUGAAAAUGAAAAAGAAGAACAAAGACGCAAACAAUUGGAACAAAGAGAAGCGGCCAGACGUGAGAUGGAAAGACAGAGAAUGGUUGAGUGGGAAAACAGUCGGAAACAAGAAUUCAUUAAUCAAAAGAUUAAAACUCAAGAAGAAGUAUUAAAACUUAAAUCUAAGAAAAAGACAUUAGCUUUGGAUAUGGAAAAAGUGAAUAACAUUUUGAAUGAUUUGAAUGUAACGGCUGCUGAAACUCGAAAGAAAGUGGUGGACAUCAAGGCUGACAUCGAUUCAAUGCGUUUGGAAAGAGACCAGAAAUUAGGUCUUCUCAGUUCAAUUAAGGCACAAAUGAAGUCAUUGAAUGACAGACAGCUAUAUAUUGAACAGCAAAAGCUUAAUCUAACUCAACAGCUAAAGAAUACUACUCUCAAUUCAGGUGCAGACAAUGUUGGUACGGAUCAAUUUGCAAUUCAAAAUAAACAAAUAAUUAUAAAUCAAUUAAAGUCUCAAAUUACUGAAUGUGAAGAGGAAAGGGCUGCUCGACUCUCAGAUGUGGCCAAUAAUAACAUACAGUUGAAUGAAUUGAAAGACAAAUUGCAUGAAAUGAUUGAAAAGACAACACAAUUGCAUAAAUCAUAUGAAGACAAACGCAUUGAGGCGCAAGAGUUUCGAGAUAAUCAACUACAACAACAACAGCAACAACUGACCGAAAAUGUUAAUUCUGGAUGGGAUGAGGACAACACUAAUGCCAACUGGACUGUUGAGGAAAUUACUGAAACUAUUGAUGAAACCAAGACUAAUACAGUCUCUUCUAAAGUGAAAUACAGAUGUCUCUAUAAUUUUAUGGCCAGAAAUAAGGAUGAAUUAACUAUAGAACCGGGAGAUAUAAUUAUGGUUGAUACGAGCGCUUGUUCUGAACCCGGUUGGCUGUCCGGAGAAGUCAGGGGUGCUGUCGGUUGGUUUCCAGAAGCUUAUGUUGAGGUCUUAGGAAAUGAAAGCAUUAACAUUGCACCUGAUAUUGAAAAUAAUUAUGAAAUAGAGAGAAGAACACCUCUCGAACCAAUUACCGAAACAGUUGAACCCGAACCGGGUGUGACCAAAGCCGUUGCUCAAUAUCCAUGGAAAGCCAAAGAAGAUAAUCAUUUGUCUUUUGCAAAGGGAGAUAUUAUUGUAAUUAAAGAGCAACAAGACAUGUGGUGGAUGGGACAGUUGGGUAGCUCUAAUGGUUGGUUUCCAAAGACAUACGUUAAGUUAUUGGAUGAAAAGGGAAAUGUUGCCGAAGAUGAAUAUUAUUUGUCAUUAUAUCCAUUCGAAACACAAGAACCGGGAGAUUUGUCAUUUGAUGGCAAUGAACUGAUUAAAGUUAUCAAAAAAGAUGGUGAUUGGUGGACAGGCACUAUUGGAGAACUGAGAAAUGGUGUAUUUCCAUCAAAUUAUGUUCGAGUGGCUCAAAUCGAUGAAAUUCCCAUACCAGCCCUAACAGACCAGCCCCAGGGCACACCAGCGCCCAAAACUACCGCUAAUGAAACACUACAGAAUCAAAUAUCAGCCCCAACUCCCCCUCCAACCAGUGAUGGGGAAAGACGGAGCUCUGAGAGCUGUGACUCUCCUAAACCAUCAAAGAAAUCGAAACUUAAGAAACUAGAGAUUGUAACAGUAAUAGCUCCAUAUAAGGCUACCGGACCGGAACAGUUGAGUUUAGAGAAGAACCAAUUGAUUCAAGUKCGCAAAAAAACCUCAUCGGGUUGGUGGGAAGGGGAGAUGCAGGUUAAGGGCAAAAAGAAACAGGUCGGUUGGUUUCCAGCUUCUUAUGUCAAACAAUUGAAUGCAUCGACCGGUUCUGGAGGAUCGUCAGCCCGUUCUACACCUGAUCUACAAAAACAAAAGGUAGCGGAAGAUAGGGAAUCGGCAGAGAGAAUGAUAGCAUUGUAUGCAUUCCGUGCCCAACACGACGAUGAACUAUCAUUUGAAGCAAAUGACUUAAUUAAAGUGUUAGCCAAAGAUGACACAACCUGGUGGAAGGGACAACUCAUUAGCACUGGACAAAUAGGACUGUUCCCAUCAAAUCAUGUUCAAGUGUUUCCUGAUCAAUACCAACAAAACGAAGAGAUAAAUAUUUAUGAGACAAUUGAAGGCGAUAUUGAUUAUGACUUCGACAGUGAUUUUGAUGAUGAAGACGAAGAUGAAACCAAUCACACAAAGUCUUAUAGUAUUACUGAUGACGAGAGAAAACGUCAAAACCAUUUAAAUGAAUUUAUAUCGACUGAAAAUGCAUAUGUUAUUGAUAUGGGAAUUGUCAUUGACGUAUUUCAAAAGCCAUUGCGUGCUAACAAUUGUAUAACUGAUGCCGAAUCGGACGCUAUAUUUGUUAAUUGGCCAAAACUGGUUAAAUGCAAUAAACGAUUCCUUAAAGAUUUAAAAACUCGUCGCCGCAAUGCUAUAGUCAGUCAUAAUAUGACAAUAAUUAACGAAAUUAGUGAUAUUUUUUGUCAACAUUUAAAUCAAAUGUCAGAUUAUUAUAUAAAAUACUGUUCGCGACAGUUAUCUGCCGCCCGAAUGAUUCAACAAAAGACUGAAAACGACCAGAAUUUCAAUGAAACGGCAAAAAUGUGUUCACAAGACUCGCGCGCUAACCGUUUGCCACUCAGUAGUUAUCUCCUGAAACCUAUGCAGAGAAUUACAAAAUAUCCGUUACUUAUCGGCAAAAUAUUAGAGCACACGCCUACAAAUCAUAUCGAUUUUAUUAACUGCGAAAAAGCACUGACACUAUCACAAGAUCUUUGUAAAAGAGUGAACGAGGGAUGUCGUAAUACUGAAGACUCACAACGUUUAGAUUGGAUUCAAAAACAAAUCAAAAUCGAUGGAUUAGAUCAACAAAUUGAAUUCAACUCAGAAACCAAUUGUUUAGGUCGCCGACAGUUAUUACACGCGGGAACUCUUGUAAAGGCCAACUCUGGUCGUGAAUUAAUAGCCUUUCUAUUCAAUGAUUUUUUAUUAUUAACGAUUUCAUUGAAAGAAUUGCCUAAAGUUACUAAUGUUUUUGCAUCAGACAAAGCCCUGUCAUCUACUUAUCGCAUCUAUAAAGAGCCCAUUUUGUUAAAUAACUUAACUAUUACUGAAUUAUCACAAUUUGAAACCAAUUUAGAUCCGACUCUUUUUCAAAUUUAUUUAAACUCUCAACAAAAAUAUUAUACAUUUAAAGCCAUUUCAGUGAACGAACGCUCACUUUGGGUAAAAUCUCUCGAUGUCUCGUCCCGUCAUUUCCGAGAUAUUGAAAGAAUCAAUUUAUCCAAUAAAGACAUAAAUGUAAGCAAACAUCGAAAAAUUGGUCGACUUUUGGUGACAGUUAUGGAUGGCCUUCAACUAUAUACCAAUAAUAACGUUUUGAAUGCUUUUUGUAAGAUUAGUAUCGGUAAGAGUGAGCAACACAUACAUCAAAGUCAUACCACAAAAAUAGUUCGCUCUGUGGCUCUCAGCCCUAAUGGUGAGCGAACAGUUACUUCAAGGUCUUCGCCAUCAAAUGUCACCAAAAAUCAGGUCAACUCUAACAACUGUCGGACCAAUGUUUACAAAGUUAAGUGGAAUGACUCGACACAACUCAACAUUUAUGAAGAGAUUCAUAACAUUUUGCAAAUCGAUUGCUAUGACCGCAACCCAUAUGCACCCAAUUAUUUGAUCGGAACAUCCAUUGUAUUAGUUAAUGAAUUGGCCGAAGAAAUUAGUCAAAUACAGGGCCCCAUCACUAAAGAGAUACGCCUCACAACUCGUGAUAAGACUAUGAAUGCAAAUCCCAUAGUUUACUUAAAACUUGAUUUACAAUAUUUUGAUAAAUAAUUGCGAUAUAAUGUGAUCUUCAAAACUCAUUAUAAUUUAUUUUC